UGGCAAAGACACACAGGAAUCUUCAGAAGCAUCUUUUUAUUGGUUGAGCAGCAGUUUCGUCCUGUCCUAGCAUGCUUUGACUGUGUGUGUGUGUGUGUGUGUGUGCAUGUAGGUGUGUGUAUGUGUGUGUGUGCACAAACUAAAGAAGGCACAAGUGCUCAUUUGUAAUGACGCGUUUAUGUCUUUGUGUAAUUUCCCGCACUUACUCGAGUAGUCGCUUAAUACUGCUAAUUACAAGAGAAAUGAGGUGGCUGGAGUUUCAUCAAGAGGAAGGAAGGAGAGAGCAAAAGAGGAGGUGGAAGGAGGGGAGAGAAAGUGAGGGGGAAAAAAGAGUACAGGGUGGGAGGGAAGAGUCAACGUGCGAUAAUUAGAGGGGAAUUUUUCUUCCCUCCCUGCCCGUUGUCGUUUUCCGCCAUCCAGAAAAAAAAAAACAAAAAAAACAAAACAACGCGCGUGGCGUCUCUGCUCGCUUGGAAAUUUGUCACUUGAAUUGAUUGAAGGCUUCGUUCCUGAUUGAUUAGGAGGGGCAGCGGCAGGAGGGAAGGAAAGGAGGCCGAGAAGACGUCGGACGAGGGGCAGGAUGCGGAGGAAGGAUGGAUGGACGCUGCUCCUCUUCUUCACCGUCGGGCUUCGCAGCUCAAUAGCAGGCAGUCCAGUCGACAUCCUGAAGGUUCUGGAGCUUUCUGAGGACAUGGAGGGCGUGUCCCUGGAGGCCGGGCUGUGCACCAGCAGGACGGGCCGAGAGGAUCCUGACCUCGCCUUCAAGAUCAACAAGAAGGUCCAACUGAGCGCCCCCACCAAGCAGCUUUUUCCCGAUUCUCCGUUCCCCGAAGACUUCUCGCUGAUGACCACGGUUCGAGCAGUGAAGGGCUCGCAGGUCUUUCUGCUGUCCCUGUACGACCCUCAGGGUACGCAACAGCUGGGUCUGGAGAUCGGACGUUCUCCGGUCUUUUUGUACGAGGACCACAGGGGUCAGCCCACUCCGGAACUCUACCCAACUUUUAGGAGGAUCAACCUGGCGGAUGGCAAGUGGCAUCGAGUGGCCUACAGUGUGAAGGAGCAGCAGGUGACUCUUUAUUUAGACUGUGUCAAGCUGGAGACGCUGAAGCUGCUGCGGGGGCCCCGAGCGCACGUCAGCACCGAUGGCGUCACCGUGUUCGGAACGCGACUGCUGGACCAAGACGUCUUUGAGGGUGACAUCCAGCAGCUGCUGCUGGUCGACGACCCCGCGGCGGCCGAGACGUACUGCAGGGACUUCAUCCCCGACUGCGCCGCCGCAUUACCCUAUGAUAGCAUCAUCAUGGAUAACGCCGCAGACGAGGUGGACGUGACGCCCAAGAAGCCCGUGGUGGAGGAAUUGGACGAGUACGACUUUGGCGAUGUCUUUGAAGACGUUUCUGUCUCCACGGUGACGGCUGGACCCAACCUCACCGAGUAUGAGAUUUUCGAAUACGAGGACUACGACAAUGCCACGGACGACUACCAGGUGAACGAGUACGAAUACGAAGAAGAGGAAGUGGAUGAGCGAUACAGGCCGGCCGAGAGGGAUGGAGGAUAUGGUCUGGACACGCAGUUCAUUCCAGAGAAAGGAGAGAAAGGAGAGCCGGCACUUUUGGGAGUGGGCACGCAAUUUGUAGGCUCGUACGGGCCUAUGGGACCUCAGGGACCGACGGGCCCUCCCGGAAUCACUGGACUGGUGGGACCGCGAGGAGACCCCGGAGAACUGGGACCCCCGGGACUGCCGGGCCUGAACGGAGUGGACGGGAUACCGGGACUGCCGGGAAACAUCAUGGUCUUACCGUUCCGGGCGGGCGGCGGCGAAAAGUCGGCCGGCGUUUCUGCGCAGGAGGCUCAAGCUCAGGCCAUCUUGCAGCAGACCAAGUUGUCAAUGAAGGGUCCUCCUGGUCCACUUGGCCUGAGGGGGCGACCUGGUCCACUUGGCAUACCGGGUCCAUUCGGCCUGAAGGGAAGCAAUGGAGAGCUAGGACCACCCGGUUCACCCGGAGCCCCCGGAAUCCCAGGCCAGAAUGGACGUCCUGGGAAAAGGGGACGAGCGGGGGCAGACGGCGGGCGAGGCGACAUCGGAGAGACGGGUGUGAAGGGGGACAGAGGCUUCGACGGCCUGCCUGGUCUGCCCGGAGAUAAGGGACAGAAAGGUGAAAGGGGAAAACCAGGGUCCCUAGGUCCUGCCGGAGAGCCGGGAGACAAGGGUUCUGAGGGCCCGCCCGGACCGAGAGGACAGCCGGGCGACGCUGGGCCAAGAGGUACGAAUGGCCCCCGAGGUCGUCCGGGACCCGCAGGACAGUCGGGCAUUCGGGGAAUCGAUGGUGCGCAAGGGUCAAAGGGCAACAUUGGUUCCCCGGGAGACAUCGGCGCAGCAGGUCAACAAGGCAACCCUGGAAUUCAGGGCUUUCCUGGUCCUCAGGGACUAGUCGGGCUGCCUGGAGAGAAGGGGCCGCAAGGGAAGAAAGGGAUGCAGGGUCUACCCGGAAAUGACGGCCCUCCCGGUCAUCCCGGACGGGAAGGGACCCCUGGUGAAAAAGGUUUGCCGGGUCCGAUUGGAGUCCAGGGGCCCGUCGGCUAUCCCGGACAACGAGGAGUCAAGGGCGCAGACGGCAUCCGAGGACUGAAGGGCAGCAAAGGCGAGAAGGGCGAGGACGGCUUCCCUGGAGCCAAGGGUGAGAUGGGCGGCAAAGGUGACGGUGGUGACAACGGCGCUCCGGGAGGUCGCGGGGAAGACGGUCCAGAGGGACCCAAAGGGCAAACGGGGCCUAUGGGAGAAACGGGACCGUCCGGGAUCCCCGGAGAGAAGGGAAAACUAGGAGUAGCCGGUUUGCCAGGAUAUCCAGGACGACUUGGACCAAAGGGCUCUGAUGGCUUUCCUGGAGUGCUUGGAGCUACUGGAGAGAAAGGCAAAAAGGGUCCUCUAGGACAACCAGGAAGUGCCGGACAGAGAGGGCCAAACGGUGCACGAGGAGGCAGAGGUGCAAGAGGACCCACCGGGAAGUCUGGAGAAAAGGGAGCUUCCGGGCACGAUGGUCCCCCGGGAUCGACCGGCGAGAGGGGACCGCAAGGACCUCAAGGAAGGGGUGGAGAGCCUGGACCCAAAGGAGCAUCUGGUCCCAGCGGGAAAGACGGCCUUCCGGGACACCCGGGUCAACGAGGAGAACCGGGAUUCCAAGGGAAAACCGGACCCCCGGGACCCUCUGGUGUGGUGGGGCCACAGGGCAAAUCAGGUGAGCCUGGUCCCACGGGGGAUCGAGGCCACCCGGGUUCCCCGGGUGUGCCCGGAGAACACGGUUUACCUGGCUCGGCUGGGAAGGAAGGUGGAAAGGGUGAUCCUGGAUUACCCGGAACUAUGGGGAAGAACGGGCCCCCGGGACUGAAAGGGUUCAGGGGGAGCAGAGGUGCUCCUGGCGUUAUGGGGCCUCCCGGUCUAAAAGGAAGUGCGGGACCCUCUGGUGCUCCAGGAGCCAUUGGGCCGGGCGCCGAGAGAGGUCCCCCCGGGCCGGCCGGAGCCAUCGGACAGCCGGGACGGGCCGGAGCCAGUGGAGGACCAGGACCAAUGGGAGAGAAGGGCGAACCCGGUGAAAAAGGUUCAAUUGGACCAGCAGGUCAGGAUGGGGACCAGGGACCAGGGGGCAUGCUUGGCACUACAGGCCCUCCAGGACCCGCAGGAGACGAUGGAGACAAGGGGGAGCAAGGAGGACCCGGCCAGAAAGGAAGUAAAGGAGACAAAGGCGAAUCUGGACCCCCGGGACCAACUGGUACUCAGGGGCCCAUCGGACAACCGGGACUUCCGGGCCAAGAUGGGGAGGGAGGGCCCCGGGGCCAGCAGGGAAUGUACGGACCCAAAGGAGAUGAGGGUCUUCGGGGUUUCAAGGGUUUGAGAGGCCCAAUAGGAUUACAGGGCAUGCCGGGCCUGCCUGGUGAAAAAGGCGAGAGCGGACAUGUCGGGCUGAUGGGUCCGCCUGGCCAGCAGGGGCCAAGGGGUUCUCAAGGACCAAUCGGAGGACUGGGGCCAACGGGUCGGCAGGGUAUGGUUGGACAGCCCGGUAUGGUCGGAGAAAAGGGGGAGGAUGGUGAAUCAGGGGAUCCUGGCCCAGUUGGUUUUGCAGGAAAAAUGGGUGAGACUGGUGAUCAAGGGGAGAAAGGAGAUUCUGGUCCACCAGGAGCAGCUGGUCCUCCGGGUUCCCGAGGCACCCUAGGGGAGGACGGAGCCAAGGGCAAUGCAGGUCCUAUUGGUAUCACCGGGGACCUUGGACAGCAAGGGGAGGCCGGGCCCAAUGGUGUUGACGGCCUUCCUGGGUCCAAAGGAGACACCGGAGAGCCUGGAAAAGCUGGACCACCGGGAGCAGCAGGAGAACCAGGACCACCAGGACCUCCAGGGAGAAGGGGCCACCUGGGGAAAGCUGGGAAAGAUGGAAAGGGAGGUCUUAAAGGAGCUAAGGGUGCUCCUGGACUUGAGGGUCCUAUAGGGAAAACGGGGCCAGUAGGUCGUCAAGGUCAACCCGGAAAGGCUGGUCCACAGGGUCUCAGAGGCAUUCCUGGUCCUGCUGGUGAGCAAGGCCUAACUGGACCAUCAGGCCAGAUGGGUCCACCUGGCCCUAUGGGUCCACCAGGAUUAGUCGGGCUAAAGGGAGAACAUGGAAAAAUUGGAGACAAGGGUCAUGGUGGCCUCAUCGGUUUGAUCGGACCCCCAGGGGACAUUGGAGAGAAGGGGGACCGAGGGCUGCCGGGAAACCAGGGACUAUUGGGUCCCAAAGGAGAUGAGGGACCUGUUGGCCCCCCGGGUCCUCACGGCCCGCCAGGCCCUACGGGUCUAUCUGGUGCUCUCGGUGUAAAGGGUUCUAAAGGAAAUCCAGGUCCGACUGGACCCAGAGGAGACGCUGGACCCGCAGGACCGCCAGGACCCCCCGGACUCCCGGCCGAGCCACCACUGCCGGAACGGGCGCGGCAAAGACGGACCCACCUUCUGGACGGUGCAGUUCUGGAAGGGGACGACGAGAUGGUGGAUGGAGGCGUGGAGGACGAGUGGAUUCAGGGGGAUCAGGCGGACGCACGGACCGACGAAAUGAACGAGGGCCAAGGCAUGGAGGAGGUGUUCGCCUCGCUGUCCUCCAUGAAAGUGGAGGUGGAAGGCCUGCGCACCCCCCAGGGGACUUACCACAGCCCUGCCCGCUCCUGCAAGGAGCUCUGGCUACUCAGUCCAGAACUUCCUAACGGUGAGUACUGGAUCGACCCCAAUCAGGGCUGCCACCGAGACUCCUUCAAGGUGUUUUGCAACUUCACUGCUCACGGUGAGACGUGUCUCUACCCAGACAAGAAGUUUCAGUCGGUGAAGCUGGCCGGGUGGAAAGGGGAGAAGCCUGGCACCUGGUACAGUAAAUUUCGAAAAGGAAAAGAGUUCUCGUACUCGGGCGUGGGCGGCGUCGAGGUGCACGUGGUGCAAAUGAACUUCCUCAAGCUGCUGAGCGUGACGGCCAGGCAGACGUUUACCUACCACUGCCUCAAUUCUGCCGCCUGGCUGAACGGUGAUACCGGCGCUCACCACUUGGCGCUGCGCUUUCGCGGCAGUGGCGGUGAGGAGUUGACGCACAGUAACGCGCACUACAUCCGCGCCCUCUAUGACGGCUGUCAGACGCGCUUGGGACAAGAAAGGACGGUGUUGGAAAUAGACGCCCCCCAGUCCAACACGUUGCCCAUCGUCGAUGUGGCGGUGAGCGACUUUGGCAACACGGGCCAAAAGUUCGGCUUCCAGGUCGGGCCUGUCUGCUUCGGCGGUUAAACCUUCGGGACGGAACUGAAAAAAAGGAGCAAAACUGACAAGACUCUUUUAACGUGCAGGGAAAAGUAAAACAAACUACUUCGAAGACUCCGAGCAGGUGCCUCACCAUAUUUAUAUCUUAUUGCUUACGAAUUAGGCAGCACGGUGGCCUAGUGGUUAGCACGUCUGCCUCGCAGCUCUGAAGGUUCGGGGUUCGAAUCUGAGCUCCUGCCUUCCUGUGUGGACUGGGUUUUCUCCGGUUUCGUCCGACAUUCCAAAAACGUGCAUGUUGGUAGCUUCAUUGAAGACACUAAAUUAUCUAUGAGUGGCAAUGCUUAUUUGUCUCUGAGUGUGUACCCUGCCUCUCGCCCAAAGCCAGCUGGGAUAGGCUCCAGAUCACUCGCCGCCACACAAAGAGGACAAACGCAAGCGCAAAAGGGAUGAUGCCCGAUUGUCGCCUACACAUGCUGCUGCUUUGCCACCACGCAAAAGUGCAAAAAAUACUUGAAUGGUCGCAAUUUGCUCAAAUUCACCCACCAAAAACCUCAUUGCUGUUGAUGAUUAGCAUUAGCUUUAGCCACGUUGUUAUGCUUAUUUGUGUGGUUGUGAUGUCGUCAUGGUGCCGUUGUCUACAAAGGGAAACUGAGGCAGUGCAUUUUUUUUCUUAUUUUAUUCUUCUUUUUUUAAAUUGAGAAGUUUGACCUUGUUUGUACUGGGAAGUGACUUAAUAAUAAUAAUAAUAAUAAAAAAAGAAGUACAUAACGUACGUUUGAAUAUUAAA